AUGCAUCAUUUACAGUGCAUCCUCCACGCACAGAGGUGUCUGGGGUGGGGGCCCUUGGCCUCUGUGUCCUGGCUGCUAUCCCGGACCUGCAGGGCACACAGCAAUUUCUCCGGCACCGCACGUCCCAGUCCAGAGGGGCGGCAGGAGGAUGGAGCGCGGAAGGAUUUCAGCUCCAGGCUGGCUACUGGACCAACGUUUCAGCAUUUUUUAAGAAGUGCUUCAGCUCCUCAGGAGAAGCCGGCUUCUGAGGACGUGGAGGACCCACCCCCAUAUCUCACAGUAGAUGAACUUUUAGGAAGGCAGAGAAAAGUCUACCUUGAGACCUAUGGCUGCCAGAUGAAUGUGAAUGACACAGAGAUAGCCUGGUCCAUCUUACAGAAGAGUGGCUACCUGCGGACCAGUAAUCUCCAAGAGGCUGAUGUGAUCCUCCUUGUCACUUGCUCUAUCAGGGAGAAGGCUGAACAAACCAUCUGGAAUCGUUUGCAUCAGCUUAAAGCCCUGAAGACAAAACGGCUCCGCUCCCGAGGACCUCUGAAGAUUGGGAUUCUAGGUUGCAUGGCUGAGAGACUGAAGGAGGAGAUCCUCAAUAGGGAGAAAAUGGUGGAUAUUUUGGCUGGUCCAGAUGCCUAUCGGGACCUUCCUCGGCUGCUGACUGUUGCUGAGUCAGGCCAGCAAGCUGCCAACGUGCUGCUUUCUCUGGAUGAGACCUAUGCUGAUGUCAUGCCAGUCCAGACGAGCCCCAGUGCUACUUCUGCUUUUGUGUCUAUCAUGAGAGGCUGUGACAACAUGUGCAGCUACUGCAUUGUUCCUUUCACGCGUGGCCGGGAGAGGAGUCGGCCUGUCGCCUCCAUUCUAGAGGAAGUGAGGAAGCUUUCCGAGCAGGGGCUGAAAGAAGUGACACUACUUGGUCAGAAUGUUAAUAGUUAUCGGGACAAUUCAGAGAUCCAGUUCAACAAUGCUGUGUCCACCAACCUCAGCCGUGGUUUCUCCACCAACUAUAAAACCAAGCAAGGGGGCCUUCGUUUUGCUCACCUGCUGGAUCAGGUCUCCAGAAUAGACCCUGAAAUGCGGAUUCGUUUUACUUCUCCCCACCCCAAGGAUUUUCCUGAUGAGGUUCUGCAGCUGAUUCACGAGAGAGACAACAUCUGUAAACAGAUCCACCUGCCAGCCCAGAGUGGAAGUAGCCGUGUAUUGGAAGCCAUGCGGAGGGGCUAUUCAAGAGAAGCUUAUGUGGAGUUAAUUCAUCACAUCAGAGAGUCUAUUCCAGGCGUGAGCCUCAGCAGUGAUUUCAUUGCGGGCUUUUGUGGGGAAACAGAGGAAGAUCACCUCCAGACAGUGUCUUUGCUUCGGGAAGUUCAGUAUAACAUGGGCUUCCUCUUUGCCUACAGCAUGAGGCAGAAGACGCGGGCAUAUCACAGGCUGAAGGAUGAUGUCCUGGAAGAGGUAAAAUUAAGGCGUUUGGAGGAACUUAUCACUGUCUUCCGAGAAGAAGCCACGAAAGCCAACAACACCUCUGUGGGUUGUACCCAGCUGGUGCUGGUGGAGGGGCUCAGUAAACGCUCUGCCACUGAGCUGUGUGGCCGGAAUGAUGGAAACCUUAAGGUGAUAUUUCCUGAUGUAGAGAUGGAGGAUGCCACUGACUCAGGGCUCAGGGUCAGAGCUCAGCCUGGGGACUAUGUACUGGUGAAGAUUACCUCCGCCAGCUCUCAGACACUGAGAGGACAUGUGCUCUGCAGGACCACUCUGAAGGACUCCUCAGCCCAUUGCUCACCUGAGUGA